AUGUCUGCGGUCGCUGAUGCCAUCGAAAAUGCGAAAGAAGAAGUGUUUAUAACCGACUGGUGGUUAAGUCCCGAAAUAUAUUUGAAAAGGCCGGCUAUAGUUGGGGAUCAUUGGCAGCUGAAAAAAUUAUUAGAAAGGAAGGCGAAAAGCGGAGUCAAAAUCUAUAUCCUGCUCUACAAGGAAGUAGAAAUGGCUCUCGGCCUCAACAGUUACUACAGCAAACAGAAGCUGAUCGAGGCGUCUAGCAACAUACAGGUGAUGAGGCAUCCGGACCACGCGAAGGCGGGCGUCCUUCUCUGGGCGCACCACGAGAAAAUGGUGGUCGUGGAUCAGACUUACGCUUUCGUCGGUGGAAUCGAUUUGUGUUACGGUCGAUGGGACGAUGAUAAACACAGCAUCACUCCCAUGAAAAAUACAGCCAAUAUGAAGCGAAAAACAUCCAGUUCUCCUAUGGGCGAGGCAAUCUACCCCAUUCCCAUCCCCUACUGCAAACUAACACCGAUUCCCGAAAUCAAAGAUUCUCUGCAACCCCAUGAGAAUGGGAAUACUCGCCUUUUGCCCCAACUGGAGCCAGGUGACAACCUUCUCAUGCCUCGCAAACGUUCUGCAAAGGUGAAGGUGAACACUCCUGAAAUCGAUCGAAAGCAUCAUAUUCUUGAGGCUAUCAAAGACAAGGGCAAGGAGUUGAUACAUUUAGUGUAUAACCCGCAUGAGGAUGAUGAAGAUGAUUCGCCGGUCCUUCGAAGCGUGAGUUGUUGGUCUUGUGGAUUUUUCGAGUCGGACACGGUUGAACAAAGUAUUCACGAGGCAUACAUUGACGCAAUAACGAAAGCUCAGCAUUAUAUCUACAUAGAGAAUCAGUUUUUCAUAACUCUAUCCUAUAAUAAUCCGAACACCAGGAAUCAAAUCGGAGAAUCCUUAUACAAGAGGAUAUUACGAGCAUACAAGGGCAAAGAUGCACUUCUGAUUAGACUGAAAGAAGCUGGUAUAGAAGAUCCCUCAGAAUACAUCACCUUUUAUGGCUUGAGGACCCAUUCGAAAUUGAAUCAGGAACCUAUCACUGAACUGAUUUAUGUUCAUUCUAAACUGAUGAUUGUCGAUGACAAACUGGUGAUUUGUGGAUCUGCGAAUAUCAAUGAUAGAUCGAUGAUUGGAAAGAGGGACUCUGAAGUUGCAGUGCUGAUAGAGGAUGAAUCUUUCGAUGAUGGAGUGAUGAACAACAAGGCUUUUCCUUGCGGGAAAUUCGCCGGAAGCCUCCGGAAGUACCUUUUCAGAGAACAUCUCGGUAUUCUCGACAACGACACGGAUGUCUUUGACAUGGACAUAACGGAUCCAGUCGCAAAUCAUUUUUACAAGGACGUCUGGUACAAAACUGCCUCUUUGAACACCGAAUUCUACGAGAAGGUUUUCCAUUGCUUGCCGACGGAUAGCGUUAGGAGUUUUUCUGAUUUGAAGAAGAUCCACGAAGAGAAGCCACUGAUUCUGAUGAAAAGCGGCAGAAACCUAUCUUCGAAAAGAAGACACUCGAAUUUAGAAGAAGAAAGAAUGCACGUGUCUACGAAAACCAAUUGA